AUGGCUCAUAUGUGCCUGGUCGACAGCCUGGGACACUACCCAUGCAAUCUAAUGCUGAUGCUUGCCCUAACAAUGGCCGGAAGCUCCGCAACGCCCCAGGUCAAGGAAGAUGAGCGGUGUUUCAGCGCCUCGGAGAACAGGAAGAACCCAGCAUUUUUUGCGGCCAACCUGGUGACCCAGAUGCUUUGGUUCUUGAAGCCGUCAGCUUUCCCGCAAGGGACAGAGGACGAGCGGGGAGUGAUGGGAAUCAGCGAGAUGGCGAAGAAAGUUGGUGGUUUGGGUCUCGAGGGGUGGGUCACAUGGCAAAUUUCAACCCAACUUGCCAAGUUUGGACAGACGUUGGACAACUUACCAGCUGAUGUCCUUAAUCAGGCCAUUAAAGUAUUAAAGGACGCUAUCGUGAAGGAUUUAACUGGAGAGUGGGAUAUUGGUGGCCUAGGAAUUAAGGCUGGAGUGGCCACGUACCACUACUGGUGGAAGUUCAAGGGCCUUGGUGGCUGGAACAAGUAUUUCGAUAAAUAUCAGCCAUACAUCGGUUUUCGCCUCACAGCUCAACUUCCGAAGGACGGAAAGUUUCAAGUGGUUGAAACCAAAACUCCAGUUUCAAUUGCAAAGAGCUUUCCCACUCCAUCUACAUCUGAACCCCCUCCUUCUCUUACAGCUACAUAUGAGGAUACCAACUUGGGUUUUAGAAUUAAGCAAGUGGCAGAGGGCUUCAAAGGCAUCAAUUAA